CAACGGCGGUGGACAGCACGUGAAGGCUUUCAGCGGUAGUGUUGACCGAGCCGCCCCAUCCUGGCACGAUGAGCAGCAGUGAUGGUGAACUUUUCAAGUUCGACUCUGUGGAACUGUUGUCCCUGUACACCACCACAGUCCUUCAGCAACUAGUCACAGUUGUCCAACCUAUUGAGGAUCGUCUUCUUCACCUCAUCCAAGUUCUUGAGCAUAACCUGAAAAAUUUGAAGGUGGAGAGGAAGUGGUUUCUUGGCACACUGAGGGACCAUGCACGCCUCUUCAACAAGGAGUGGAAAAUGGGCAACACAGAUGGUCCAGACUUUGGGAAGAUAGCCUACAACACACUUCUGCUGGCAGUCGCCCUCAAAAUAGGGCUGGAAAAGCUUUGGGUGAAUGACGGCAACACCCCAGUCUUCAACGACAUGGUAAUGGAGCUGACUACUCUUUUACAUCCAAAGAAGAUUACAUUGGCCAUCAAACAACUAAACAGAAGUAAUCCUCUGUUUGACUUCUUAUCCAGUCACUCACCUGACCUUGAAGAAAUCAACAUGUACUGGAGUGAUGUUGCAGCUUUUCAAGAUUGCAUGAAGUUCAAGAACUUGCGUGUGCUGGAACUUGGGGGACGCAUCUCAGACAAGGUGCUGUGCAGCGGUCUGUGGAACAUUAACAAAAAAAGUGACAAAGUACUGGAAAUGGCCUUAAAGGAUAAUAAGGGGCCUGAGAGUUGGCAGCUGUCUCCCCAACCUGGAGCAGCACUCCUCAUACAGCCCAAGAUGGAGACAGUGAAGACACUCACCUGGGACACCAACCGAGCCAUCAUGCACUUAUUGGACACAGAAGCAAAGUUGAAGAUGAUUCCAGUGAAGCAGCUAACGAGGCUGGUGUUGGAUGCAACAGACUUGGACCACAUGGAGUUCACAGUGCUGCUGGCAGAGAUGCCUAACCUGAAUGACCUCUUCCUGCACAUCACACCAGAUGCUGUUGCAAAUUACUAUAAGACUUCUAAGUUAACUCCUGAUGCCACUGCCUUUCCCAAUGGCAACACAGGUGUCACGCCUAAGGCUGAACUCUUCAGACCUUCUCUAAAAAUUCCACUCUGA